GGCACUCGGGGCACCUGUGGUGAGGAGGGAUGGUGACGCCUCGGCGUGCGGGGUGUGACUUUAGGCAGAGUUCCGCCCACCCACUCCGCUACUUCUCCCUCCUAUAUGAGGAGGUCAACUUCAACAGGAUGCGUUCAACAGCGCGGGUCGUGGGCUUUAACCUUUGCAGUUUGCAGUCUCUGUGACUCUGGAAUCUACCGCUGUCUGAAGCGCAUUUUGGAGCAGCGCCACUUGGUUGUGGCAAUUACUCUUUUAAUAAUCACCCGGAAAAAGAAGCAACAAAAAAAAAAAACUAGAGCUCAUCAUGCCACGAUCAUUUCUUGUCAAGAAGUAUUUUUCCACCAAGAAGCCUCAUUACCGAGAGAGCCAACUUGAGAGCCAAACUGCUUUUGUCCCCGAAAGCUUUCCACGGGCUGAACUUCCAACCCUGGACACCGGCUCUGCGCUGACCUGCCAUCCCACCGGCCCUGUUUACACCAGUGCGGACACGCCGCCCCCCCCACUCUCCCCCGUGGCCCCGGUGUCUCUGCCUCUUUCCCUGCUGAACCCUCUGGACCUCAGCAGCUCUCCCUCCAGCAGCAGCGGGGAGGAGGACGAAGACGGGGGACGCACGUCGGACCCCCCCAGCCCAGAUGUGAUCCAGCACGUCUACCACUGUCCGCACUGCAAAAAGAGCUUCACCAGCCUCUCGGCCCUCUCCCACCACCAGCUGUCCCACCACCAGCUCCCCCCCUGCGUUCCGCCGCAGCACGCGCCUUCCUUGCCUGCGGAGAUCUCUGCGCGCCCGGCCUUCCAUUGCAAACACUGUCCCAAAGAGUACACCAGUUUGGGAGCCCUGAAGAUGCACAUCCGUUCGCACACCCUGCCCUGCGUGUGCCCCACCUGUGGGAAGGCUUUCUCCAGGCCGUGGCUGCUCAGGGGACACAUUCGCACACACACAGGUGAACGACCCUUUGCCUGUCAGCACUGCAACCGGGCCUUUGCCGAUCGCUCAAACCUGCGCGCCCACCUGCAAACACACUCGGAGGUGAAGAAGUACCAGUGCGGCUCCUGCUCCCGGACGUUCAGCCGCAUGUCCCUGCUGCACAAACACAGUGCCUCCGGGUGCUGUUCGGCCUCAUAGACUGACAUUCCCUGGACCAGGUUCCAGUUUACACUGCUUGCUGGUGCUGUUUACUCUGAUGAAAGCCAACUGACAUAAUACUUUGGGAGAUUGACACUAAAGUCAUAGAGAGCAGCUUUUGUUUUUAUGAUGUGACUUCUUAAGUGCCUUGUUUUUAUUCAGUUGAUGAUUUGAGGGUCACGCUGGUAUUUGCAGUUAUUCUGUGCUCCGUCUUGUCAUCCGAGUGUGUUCUGAGGGCAGCUGGACAUGCAGUUAAUUCCCAGGAAACUCCGUUGGUGCCGGCCGGUCCGGGACUGUGGCCAUUUUGCAGCUGCUUGGGUGUGUUUGUGUGUAUGCGAGGAUGUCAUUCCUCACUACACUAUACAUACAUGAUGUGUGGGUGUUGAGACAGCUGUCUGUGCAUGGUGCACCGUGGAGGCAGGGCGCUGAGAGACAUGCUAGCCUCAACCUUGACGACAGGUGACAGCCACCCCCGCUCUGGUCGCCCUUCCUCUCGCCACAGACAGUCGCGCAUGUUCUGGAAGAUGAAAUGACCAUUUGUACUUGACCAAAAAAGUUGCCUUUACUGAUACUGUUCUAUUUUAGUCUGAAUUACAUUUUGACAUGCUUUUUGAGACUGUUUUUGAUGUGAUCUGAAGUUUUUAUGAGCUAUUUUGGUUUCCAGAUGAUGUAUUUUUUCCCCCUGGCAUUUGUAAAUAAAA